CUUGGUCCAUCUGACUGUGAGUGCUCCACCUCUCAACCAAGACAUAUACUGUAUCUGUAUUACUUACUCCUGACGACAAAAAUGGAAGUUUCCCAUAAAUAUCUUGUGAUGGCUCAGGAGUAUGUCAAUGAAUUAUGUGAAGGUAAACCAGCUUGGGAGAUUAUCUUGAGGACAGCAGGAGCGACCAUCCUACUAGCGUGGGCUAAAAACUUUCUCUUUAAAGAUGAAACUCUCUUUGAAAGGGGAAAAAAGACAGUGUUCAAGUUGGCUAGAAAGGUUCCAACAGUGAAAGCCAAAAUUGAGGAGGAAAUAGAAAAGGUAUCAGUUUCGAUGACACAUGAUCUAAACCAAGCCAUCGAUAAUGCUCCGUAUUUAACCAAGUUGCCAGAGAAAGGCUGGGGCUCUGAGCGAAUUAUGGAUGAGGCCACCAAGUAUACACAGUAUGGUAAGGAUACCAACAGUUACUUAAGAAGAGAUAUUGAUAUUGUUGAGGGACUUUGAUUAUCUCAUAUUAAU